AUGGCAACCAAAACUGAUACGAGGCUCUUGUUCGUCCCCUAUCGGCCCUCGCGCUCUGCCACUGUCAAACACCAUUUCUCCACGACCGAUGCCGACGUAUCGCUGCAGAAGCAUGCAGCCCGGGAGUAUCAUAGGAAAGCCAAACUGGAAAGACUUGCGAAAGCGCUUUCCCACGCGGCGCCACAACGUCAAGGUUGCAUGCCAUCGAAGCAAGCAUCCCAUGGCGAGGCUGAAAAUGCAGGGUCUGAAUCCAACUCUCACGCCAGUGCGUCCGCUCGCCGGAACCUGCCAGGCAGGAACACGAACGCUUUCCGAAUGCGCGGAAGCCGCGUGAUCAACAACUAUCCGUCUUUACGAGACGUAGGCGUUGGCCAGAUGGACCCUUUCAACGUGCUCGUGCUUGGGGACAAGCCUCGGUACGUCCAGGAGAUGCUAGAUCAUGCGCUCACAUACCAAUGGCCGUCGUUUUGCUGCUCCACGAUCCCCGGCACGGUGGGCGAAAUGAAGCACGCCGUGCUCGCCAGCACCAUGCGAUCACCCGCGGCCUACUACACGAUCGUCUUUGCCAGCGCCGCGCACAACGCCUUCCUCCACACCGGGAUGCCGGUCAUGCAGGAGAACAGAGUCCUCCGACUGACGUACAAGUCCCUCGCGAUCAAGGCCGUGCGGCAAGAAAUCGCGUCUGUCGGUGCCAACAUCAACAACGUCACGGACGAGUUGUUGCUCAGCAUGGCCAUCCUGGCGGCCCAUGAUUUGGGCGACACAUUGGCGCCUCGGUCGGACGUGGCCGCGACCGAAAGAGAAGACUCGACUCUCUUGACGGCGCAGAAUUUCCACUUCUACGGCACCAUGGACUUUGAAAUGGCACACCUCGACGCCAUUCGCGCGUUGAUCGAGAAGAGAGGAGGCUUUCUGACGUUGCAGAUCGAUUUCCUGUCCAAUUUCAUUGCAAUAGCCGAUUGCAUCGUGGCCUUCAGACGCCUUUCCGCUCCGACUUAUCCAAUGCGUAUCCCGACCUCGGUCUUGCAAGCCAUGUGGCCGCCCGGAAAACCCGACGAACAAACCCUCCGUCCGUUCCUGCGCGACUUGGCCACCGGGUUCGACAGCUUACCAUUACCGCUAGGUAGCCCAUUACAAUUACAACGAUCCCAAUCAUCCUCUUCGUUCUCAUCAUCAUCAUCCUCGACCUCAACCUCCUCGAACACUAGUAUGCACGCACUGUACGAGGCCUUUUUCCAAGUCAUACCCAUGAUCCGCAAACUCUCGAUCAGCUACGACCUCUACCUACGCAAGGACGACUCGGCACCUCCGUUCCCCUUCAUCAUGUGGGGCAGGAACUGUCUGAUCCACGAAUGUCUGUCCCUUCCGGACAUGAGUGGCAGGUCCAGGUCUGCGGGGGCGGCAGUGGCAGCAUCUCCUCGGGCUCCUGAGUUACUAGGACUCACCGCGGACUCCUGCCAGUAUGAGCUGUGCCGCCUGGGCACGUUGGGGUACAUGUUGCUCGUGCUGUUCCCGUAUCCGCGCGUCUCCGGCCUACAUUUGAAGCUGGCCCAACGCAUCAGUCAAGCCGUGGAGGACUAUGUGACCACCACUACUAGUAAUGAUCAAGGCCUGUAUCAGCACCAGCAACAGCACCAGCAGCACCAGUAUCAGCAGCAACAACACCAGUAUCAACAUCAGCACCAGCACCAGCAGCAGUGCUGUCCAGACCUAUUGCUUUGGGUCACCGUGAUCGGUGGCGUCCUUUCCGACCCGACUUCUUUCAUGAGAUCUUGGUUCGAGGAAUUCUUCGUCCAAACAAUCUCGACCGACAGGCCCGCUCUCCGUGCAAGCUGGGCUGCAACCAAGGACGUCUGUGCGAAGUUCCUAUGGUUUGAGAGCGAUGACUGUGACGGCGAGGGACAAGUGUUCUGGGCGGAUGCAAUGGCAACGCGCUUGACAGAAGUCUAGGUCUGGUCCCGCCCUUGGUAUUAAGACAGAC